UCUCAAUCCGGAUGAUAUCAACGUGGAAAGGGUAGGCUAUCAUCAUCCAGGCCCCUCUGGAUUCGCUGACCGAUCGAUACAACUAAAGACACACAUUUUUAGUCAAACCUUCCUGGUUGGGGGUUCAGGCAUGCUCCUCGACCUGCAAAGAUGACUAGGCUCCGCGGAGCUUCCGUGAACUCUUAUGAAGUUUCGCAUUGUGGCACGGAUAGACACCAAUUUCAUCGGUCGAAGCUCCCGCCAAACGCGCCCGAACUUAUCACGCAGAAUACGGUCGAUGUAUCGGAUCCCGGGCAGGUAUUGCUAUGGUAUAGGGAUGAGCGACGGCGACAAUUCAACCUUCUGGUUCGCAGGUACAAAAACCAACUUUUGCACGGAUGUCAGGAUCCAAACUGCCCAACCCCAACCUGCGCGAGCUAUCGAAGGAGAGCGUCGGAUGGCCCCUUUCGUCGGUAUACCGAGUUGAGUGCCCGGACACUGGCUUGCUACCUGGCUAGCGUGGAUAACGCGGAGAGUGGUCUUUGUCGUAAUGCCGCCCGAGUUCCACCCGAUUUCUCUUUACAGGAUUAUCAUCAGCGAUCCAAACGUCGGAACCGUGCUUCUAAAAACGACUCAAGGAAGGACCGUGGUGGAUUAUCGGUAGUGGAUCAAGGCGCUAUUGAUGUACCUUCAGCGGCACAAACUGCGUCAGAUGGACAUGAUGAUCCUUGGGAUGCUGCGAAACGGGAUCCGAUCUCUAGUCAAUCCGAAUGUAUACCGGCCAACGAAGACCAGCCGACCCAACCAUUGAAGGAUCCAAAGUCCUUCACGCAAAACCUGUUUGAUACUUUAUCCCUGAGAAUGAUUGAAUGGCUACCUUUGCGACGUUCGCCAAGUGUGUUUGGAGCAGAUUCCGAUUAUUCAUACUCUCGAUCCAGUUCUCGAUCUUCAAAACCGAGUAGUGGACAUGCCAGAUCGCCUUCCGACGCAGACGAGCACUGCCAAGGGAGGGAACAUACAUCUCAGCAUGACGCUUUCAUUGGGAGUAAUCCACAUACACCUUCGUCACGGCACCUGGGCAAUCCAGCAGCUGCAGUUGAGUUGAGAUUACCGAACCAGCAAAUUAAACGGCUAUCGCUCGCUGAGGUAGAUCAGCGACGGCAAAGUCCACGCUCGAGCAUCGACGAGAAGGCCUACCCAGAACUAAAGCCUGCCAGGAAGCUCUCAAUCAAUACACAUGCAAGUACAGAUGGGCUCGUCAACAUACCUUCUCCUCCCUCUUUAAGACAUCGUCCACAGAAGCAUCGGGGAAGGAAUGGAGACAUGCAUGAGCAGGUGAAAAAAGAGAGACGUGUUUCCUGGGACGGCACAAAGCUCUUGAAUGGGGUCCAUGUUCCUGACGACGAAAACCUCCCAGUCAACGAUAACAAUGAUCAGCCUCGCUCGGAGCCUCAAUGCCCCAGUGACCCUAGCCUGAAUCACAAUGAUACACAUCAAAGAGAGGACAUGUCGACGAUACAAUCUCUUACCCAUCUUACCAGUGAGAUUAUUGACGAGCUAGGAAGAAUGUUGGUCCUAUCUGAUGAUGAAGCUGAACGAUGGAAGGAUGAAUUGGCCUACAUAGAGACUACGGGCACAUUCGACGAUUCAGAGUGGAGGUUUGCAACUUCUCGACAACGUGAAGUCUUUGCAUUUAUUGCUCAGAGCGUUUUCUAUACACUGAGCAGCACAAGGCAGAUUCUACGAUCCUUUCGGGAGAGCACGGCCGGCCCGAGUGAGGUGAAGCAGAGUAGUUUUAGUUCAAAGCUCAACCUUCAGCACCUACAACCAUCAUUACGCAAGCUGUUCACGAUUUGUCCUAGGGAACUGAUCUUCCAUAGUUUGUGGAGCGCAAUGGAGUCGCUGUUCGUUCCGCCAAAGGAACUAUUGAACCCCAGACAAUCCCGCCGUUCAUCAUACAACUCAGCCAGUGGAGCGUCUGUAUCUGCACCUAUAAUUAUUCGUCGAGCAUCUGAUGCAGUAGGCAAUGAACAUGUUCCUGAUUCGUUCGCAGCAGACAUUGCGACCGUCGCCCUUUUUGCCUUGGCUAGCUCUCUUCCAGAGAUAGAUGCAACUACCUGGCGUGGAAUUCUUCAAAUGCGCGCGACCGGAGUUGUAGCUUCAAAUGCGGAAAUGCAAAAACUCCCGCUGCGUAAUACACGAGUGAUUGUGGAUGUCACUGACGCACUAGAACAUGACCUCGCUUUGCGACUAAUCGACCGCUUGGUACGGGCUCUCACAGCGCGAAUGGCAUUUCAUGAAAUUUCGAAGACGCGACAUCCCUAUAGCCAUGCUUCGCGUAAAUCCAAGAACAGCGUUCUAGAUUUCCUCAUGAACAACCUCAGUGACAAUCACAGCUUUGUAACUGCCAAUGUCGAUUGGCAGGAUCAACCGCGACCACCGUGCACUGCUGCCAUCAUCGCUGAAUGGCUUCGUACUUUGUUGCUCAAAGAAUGGGAUGGAAGCCCCGAGAUGUCUAAAGGCAGCGCAACAGGAGGCGCCGUACAGAUAUUGUCCCUGAUGUACAAAGAGCGGGAUCGCUUAGGGCUCGUUCCAGAAGACUUCCACACACCUUUCCUCUCGGAAAGGUUGGAGCCCCUAGAGAUGCCUGUUGAAUGGAUGGGUAGAUCGCCCAAUAACAAGACCUUGCACUUGCUAUCAUACCCCUUUCUCUUCCCGCCCUCUGCCUUGGUCAUCUACUUCCGCGCUCUCAAUUAUGCCGCCAUGUCAAGAUUCUACGAAGCGGCAAUGACCACCACGAGACAUGUGACACAAACGGCGUUUGGAGCAAUACAGAUCCAGGAUGAUGUAGGCAUGCUAGCUCGGCUCAAGACUUCUAUGACUACAUAUCUAGUUCUUGUGGUCCGACGGGAUAACAUCCUCACCGAUGCCCUGAAUCAGUUGUGGCGGCGCGAAAGACGAGAGCUCAUGCGGCCGUUGAAAGUACAAAUGGGAAUGGAUGAAGGUGAAGAGGGGCUUGAUCACGGCGGUGUCCAGCAGGAGUUCUUCCGAGUCCUUAUGGCAGAGGCACUAGAUCAGUCAUACGGUAUGUUCACAAUGGAUAGCCGCACACGAAUCUCCUGGUUCCAGCCGUGCUCGUUGGAGCCCCUUUACAAGUAUGAGCUUCUCGGGCUGUUGAUGUCCCUUGCGGUUUACAACGGCCUUACUCUGCCUGUCAAUUUUCCAACUGCACUCUACCGCAAACUUCUAGGGCUCAAAGUGAAGCACCUCGAUGAUAUCCGGGACGGUUGGCCUGAACUUGCCAAGGGUCUCGAUCAACUUUUGGCGUGGGACGAUGGCGACGUGGAAGAUGUGUUCAUGCGCACAUAUGAAUUCAGCUUCGAGGCCUUUGGGACCAUUGAGACGGUAGACAUGCAGAAGGUCGACAAAGAUGCCCCCUGGCCACUUCCUUCCGUGUUGGCACGCUCGGGAGGGGGGAAUCGGUCCCUCGGUUCCCCGCCUUGGUCAGAAGUCCGCCGUUACACUGAUCGUGUCAAUCUAAGUCCUCCAUCGUCUAUGGGUGCAGAGGCCACGGAAUCGUUCGGGGAUAUGGCGAAGUCACUGGAUGGUUCAGUUGUGAUGCAGUCGCCUACGCCACCGGCUGAAGAGUCGACGCUUGUCACGAACCAGAAUAGAUCUCAAUUUGUACGAGAUUACAUCUUUUGGCUGACGGAUAAGUCGACGCGACCCCAGUUCGACGCGUUUGCACAGGGGUUUUAUACUUGUUUGGAUCGAUCGGCCUUGUCCAUAUUUACGCCAGAGGCGUUGAAGACGGUGGUAGAAGGAAUCCAAGAGAUUGAUAUGGAUGAGCUAGAACGCCAUGCGCGUUACGAAGGAGGUUUUGGUCCAGGCCAUCGCGUGAUCCGGGAUUUCUGGAGCAUCGCACGGCGGUUUCCUGCGGAGAAGAAGGCGCAGCUCUUGGAGUUUGUAACUGCCAGCGAUCGGGUUCCGGUCAAUGGGAUUGCGAGCAUCAUGUUUGUUAUUCAAAAGAACGGAGUGGGUGAUGCUGUAAGUGUACCUCCCUUGCCGGACAUAUUGUACGAGUGCCAUGCUGAUUGUUUCUAGCGCCUUCCUACCAGUUUAACCUGUUUUGGCCGGCUUCUUUUGCCGGAGUAUUCAUCAAAAAGUGUCUUGGAAGACAAGCUCAACAAGGCUUUGGAGAACGCUCGGGGAUUUGGCGUUGCGUGAUAUGGGACUCAUUUUGGGAUUAGCAUCGUAUAUCGUUCUACAUACCAAGUACACAAUACCCCUACUCUAUAUGUUUUUACAGUAUAUAGUAUUCAUAAGUGAAUAAAUCGCC